AUGGCAACUUUCUUCAAUCCCGUGGCUCUGCUGUUGCUGCUUGCAGCGCAGUGUGUCGCCGGUGCUGUGAUUGAUGCAAAUGAUGGGCGCCCUCAUGACAUCACUACUGUUCAUCUCACGACUGUGACUAUUACAACUCCGCCUUUACACACAUGCUACACUAAGACUAUUGCCACACCAAAGCACGGCGGAGACUGCCCGGACUUGUCGACUUGUGGAUAUGCGCCUGCGUGCAUUCGUGAAACGACAACUACUGUCCGCGUCCCUCCAGCAGACCCUCGAUGCUCGGAGACACCAACGGUUGUGACUCCUGGGCCAUGUGAAACCUGUGCCACAGGUUGCCGCUGGGACACAUCAACUGUAUGGGCAACACCAACAGCAUAUAACGGGCCUUCAAUAUGGAAAGGCGGGCCAACACUGGCAAGCGGUCCUCGACGAAGAGACACUGCAGUAGCAGCUCCCAAGCCAUCCUGUGCAACCACACUAUACAAAGCUGCCACUGGAGGGGGUACUGGCUUUAUCACAACCUACCACCCAUUGACGGAGACGAGGAUUUCCUUGGUGAACUGUGGGGGUUGCAGCUUGGUGAUUUCGGAGCUUCAGGGCGUCGGCCCCCAGAUUACUCGUACAGCUACGGUGACUGAUCUUGCGCCUGCCGUGUUUACGACAUUUUCUUCCCCGAAAGGUUUCGCGACUGGAAAUUCGUCAAGCUUCAUCAUCGGCAUCGAAGCAAAACAGAACAACAACAACAAUACCGCGACCAUGCCUGUUGUCAAAGGAGGCGUCUGGACGAAUAUCGAAGACGAGGUGCUUAAGAGCUCGGUCAGCAAAUACGGACUCAACCAGUGGGCGCGAGUCUCGUCGCUUCUUGCGCGCAAGACACCAAAGCAAUGUAAAGCGCGAUGGGCAGAAUGGCUCGACCCGGGUAUUCGAAAGAUUGAGUGGAGCAAGGAAGAAGAUGAGAAGCUGCUUCAUCUUGCCAAGUUGAUGCCCACACAAUGGCGCACGAUUGCACCUAUGGUUGGGCGGACCGCUUCCCAGUGUCUUGAGCGUUACCAAAGGCUGCUUGAUGAGGCCGAACAGAAGGAAGCUGGGGAGCUGAGCUUAGCAGGGCCGGAUGGAGGGGAGACCAAAGCACCAUCUGCGGACGAUGUACGGCGCCUGCGACCUGGUGAGGUCGACCCCGACCCGGAAUCGAAGCCCGCUCGCCCUGAUACGAUCGAUCUGGACGAAGACGAGAAAGAAAUGCUGAGCGAGGCUCGUGCUCGCCUAGCAAACACCCAGGGCAAAAAGGCCAAACGGAAGGCUCGUGAGCGUCAGUUGGAGGAGUCGAGAAGAUUGGCGGUUUUACAGAAGCGUCGUGAGCUCAAAAAUGCAGGCAUCAACAUCAAGGUGACCAACCGGAAGAAGGGCCAAAUGGACUAUAACGCGGAUAUUCCUUUUGAAAAGAAGGCCGCGUCUGGAUUCUAUGAUACAGAAGAAGAGGAUGUUCGAAAUGAAAGGGAAAGAGAAGCGUUCGACCCUCGCAAGCAACAACUUGCAAACAAACGGAAGGGAGACCCGGAGGAGGACCCGGAUCGAAAGAGGCGAAAGGGAGAAAAGGAGGCUCCGUCGGCGUCUUAUACUGCGGCUAUGAAGGCAGGCCAGCUACAGAAGAUUCGAGAGGCAGAACAAAGUAGUAAGCGGAGGGCAUUGGUUCUCCCGUCGCCACAAGUUGGAGAAGGAGAAUUGGAAGAAAUUGUCAAGAUGGGCAUGAUUGGAGAGAGGGCGAAUAUCAUGGCUAGAUCAAGUGAGAAUGAUGCAACAAGAGGCCUUGUCAAUACCUACUCCACGAUCAACAGUGGGGCUCCUAUACGGACACCACGGGCGCCUGCCCAAGAGGAUCAUAUUGCUAAUGAAAUUCGGAAUAUAAGGGCGUUGACGGAAACACAGUCAUCCCUUCUGGGUGGGGAGAAUACACCUUUAUAUGAAGGGGCGGGAAGCACUGGUUUCGAUGGAGUAACACCCCGGAGGCAGCAUAUGGAAACCCCUAAUCCUAUGGCGACCCCUUUCCGACAAGCGACAAAUGGAGUCGGAGCGACACCAAUGAGGCCUCCAGCGCUACCCGGUGCGACACCUAUGCGCACACCUCGCGAUCCUUUUGCUCUCAAUGCAGAUGGCGACAUGCAGUUGGUUGGCGCGACCCCCAGAGAUAUUAAAUUAGCAGGAACGGCCAUGAAGCAUAGAUUGAAGCAAGGGCUUGCUUCCUUGCCGAAGCCCAAGGAUACUGAUUGGGAGCUGGAGCUACCAGACGAACAAGAGGAGUCCGCUGGCGUUGAAGAGCUUUCGGAGGAAGAUGCGGAGCUGCGAGACAGGAGGAACCGAGAAUUGCGGGAAGCGCAGGAGAAGCUGGACUUCAAAAGACGGACUAAGGUCAUGCAAAUGGGCUUACCUCGUGCUUCCGCCGUUGAUAUUGAUGCUAUCAUCAAGAACGCAUCUAAUAUCUCUGACCCAGUGGUAGCUGCUAUCGAACGAGAGGCGGCACUACUUAUUGCCAACGAUGCGCUCAGGUAUCCUCUCGCUGGUGCAAAAGUCAAAGGAACCCCUCAAGUCCUUGAUACUAUUGAUGACGACGCUCUGGCCCAAGCCCAGCUAGAAAUCAUGCGAGCAGUACCGAAAGAAAUAUCGGAAGCAGGAUCUGAAAUCUUCCAAGCAGCCUGGGAAGACGCUCAUAGCUCCUCCCUACUACCAGGGCUAGGCGGCUAUGGUGACGACGAAAUUGACGAGCACCAGAUGCUAGUCGAAGCAUUCGAUAAUGUCCAAGAUUCCAUCGUCGCCAGCGCCGAAAAGGGCAACAAAACUGAGAAGAAACUCACGCUGCACCUAGGCGGCUACCAAAACCGCUCCAAGAUCUUAAGAAAUAAGAUCAGUGAAGCAGACGACGCGUUGGGCAAGGCUACGCGGUCGUUGGAUUCAUUUAGGACCCUGCAGAUUUCUGAGGAGGCCGCGAUUCAGAGGCGGCUAGAGGCGCUGAGGGACGAGGUGGCUUUCAUUAGUAAGCGGGAGAGGGAGGCGCAGGAUUUAUAUAAAGCGAGGAAGGAGGAGUUAGAUGGUUUGAGUGUGGUGGGGUAG